AUGUCUACCGUCCCUCAGGGCCCCAUCGAGGCACGAUCACUGUCGUCGGUCACCGCUAUCGCAUCAAAUCCCCCCGCCUACCCACGAAAUCCAACUCACGAGAAGCAUGAACCGCUGUCUCUGUACAUUGUGCGUGUACCAGGAAGCAAAGACAUUUUUCUCUCCCCUCUCAAACCACCCACCAAAUCCAGUGUCUCUGCUGAGGCGAUCAACGCCUCUCUUUACUAUCUCCAUGUCGCGACUCCCGACGAUGAUACCCUGCUCCAGGAAGUGGAGGAAGAGCGUGAAGAGGAGGCCCAAUUGCGGAAGGAGCGCCUCGAGAAAGCGGAUGCCGGCGACCCAGCACAACGCGAGUUCGCGCGGCUGAAUAAUGUGCGUCGGAAACCAGUUGGUGGAGGAGACGUGAAUUCCGCGCCUUUGCCGGCACCAUCUCAACAGGAUGCCACUGCUCCUCCGGUCUUACCACCUCAACAGGAUGCCACUGCUCCUCCGGUCUUACCACCUCAACAGGAUGCUACUGCUCCUCCGGUCUUGCCAUCACGCCCAAUCCCAAUGCUGCAGGAUGACACUGCUCCUCCGGCCUUACCACCACGUCCAGUCCCUAUGCCGCAGGUUACUGCGGAGAAUGUCUCUUUCUCUGGGAUUCCAGUCACCAACAUACAGCCUCUUUUGAGCAAUAAUAUGCCCGGAGAGAUCUCGGUAGAAUCGGGUGGUAAAAGCGCUACCCCGCGGCGACCUUUACCUCCCUUGCCGCCUGGUGAAGAGUCAUGGACCACUGCAGCAGGCGAGGACCCGUCUAAGAGGACAUCCCGAUGGAGCGCGUUUGCCGAACAUUUGCAAAAUCGGGGAGAGAACUGGAAGGAAAAGUAUGAGGCUAAGUACGAGGCGCUUUCGGCCGGCCGUCACAGCCUUGACUCACCUAGACCGCAAUUUCGGCCUCGUUCCUCGCAUGAUCGUACCGGAUCACCAUUAGGAAGCCCCGGGCAGUCUCCCAACCGGUAUAGAAACGCACAUGGAAAACCUCCUGGCAAUGCUGGCUUUCAUAUCACCCUGAUCCGGCGUGACCCCACGUCCGGUACACAAUGGAAUGUGGCAACUAUAUCAACCCCACGAAUGGACCGCAAUGCCGUCGAUAUCGAGAUCUCCACGCCGGGAUAUAAUAGAUUUGCAGGCUCCAAUGAGAUGCCUUCAUUAUCCAGCCUGGCAGCCAAUCUCCCCUUGGGAAUCGGACGCCUACCCAAUUCUGCCAUUCCCCAAUCAUUACCCACCGAUAAACCAAAGGAGCAGCCAACUGGCCCACGCAAAUUCCACCGCCAGCUCUGCGUAUCAAAGCCAUAUGACGACUCCGUUGCCACAGAUUGCAGCAAUGGCCAUACCCCAGAUGGCCCAUCCUCAUCCUCCAAGCUGAAAAGCGGCUACUACGUCUUCACUUCUCCCUGGAAUGGUACAUGUACCUUCACAAAUAGCGUGAACGGCCGAAGCCUCAAAUGCAAACACAUGAUCCCAACACCUGGUGGCUUCGUCCCUCCCAAUGGCGAAGCAGAAGCACCCCCCGCCGUAACCGUCGCCGAGCUCCGCUUCAAUACCCCGUUUCAAGCAGCAAACCUCCACUCCCACGCUCACCACGCAGCCCACAAGCCCCAUCCAAACCACCUCUCUCCCUUCACCCAAAGCCAAAUCCAGUCUUUCCCCCGCCCAAGCGACAAUUCAAACGAAAACAAUCUCGGCCCCGACGGAGAACCCCUCCGCCCAUCCUCCUCCAGCAACAGCUACACAUCCGCAAAGCGCAACUCCCUCUCCAACCUCCUAAACCCAAACACCUACGCCCGGCCACGCGCACACACAGGCCCAGGCGCGCCCCCACCUCUCCCAGCCUCACCCCCCGCCGACCCGCGCCAAAGCUUCCACCCCUCAACCCUCCUCCGCAGAACCUCUCUGCGCGCGCAACGCUUCGCGCGCCAGAGCCAGCUACACCCCGCUGCUCAGUCGCGCUCCCACCGCAGUACUAGUAAUAGCAGUGGUGGGGAUGUGGAUUAUGAUUCCGAUGAGGAUCGUUUAGAUCUUUCGCUUGCGAGGGAGCCCGCUGGUGGUGGGUUAAGGGGGAAGAGUGCGAAACUGGGGAAGUUGGUUAUUGAGGAUGAGGGCAUUAAAAUGCUUGAUUUGGUUGUUGCGGCUUGUAUGGCUGUUUGGUGGAGGGGAUAUUACUAUUGA